AUGGGGGAACAAGGGCAGCGGCUAGACAGUCUAGCUGAAGCAGUCCGACCACAUGUUGAAGCUCGGUGGGGGCUCUUUACAGGGUCGAAAAGAUCUGGCAGUGUCGGAGAAGAACAUGAAGUCCGUGGACCAUCGGCACGUGAUCCGAUGGUGACGUUAGCAGCGGGUGCGAAUAUGCCUGUCCCGCCGUUGUACCGUGGCAACUCGAAGCAAGAGAAGCGCGACUUUAUGGAUAGCUACAUGGUCUACAAGAGACGUGUCGACGCGUUGAACCAGGGCACGCAGACACAAGUGUUCGGUAUGCCUAUCGGGGCCUGUAUUGAGCAGAGCAUCUUGGUGCGUUUCUGCCGUUUCGAAUUGUUUAAACCCAAGGUUACAGUGACCGAAGAAGACUGGAAAAGGUAUUUUCUCGACGCCUGGAACCCUGACUUCACUGCGUAA